CUUAACCUCUUUUUAUUUUAUAAGAUACAACGCAUAUGUGACUUGUGAAAAGAAUUACAUUUUAUCAAAAUUUAACUAGUAAUUCUAUUUAGAAAUAUUAUUUACAUUCGAACAAUGCACAUAAAGAACAAUAAAAGAUAACAAAGAUAAUUUGUGUCAAGUAAAAAGUGUAAGCAAAAAGAUUUCUUUGAGACAAAUGGUUUAUCAACGUGGAAAUCAGAGGGAUGGUUCCCCACAUUAUGUCUUUUUAUAUUCAGAUGAUGAAAAUAGUGGAGAUGAAGAAACUAUUUCUCUGCAACAAUGUAAUAAAUCAUUGCCACGUAAGGUGGAAGUUAUAUAUGUUCCACUGAAAUCAGAAGACACAUUACAAGCAUUGGCAUUACGGUAUAGAUGCACGAUUUCUGAAUUGAAGAGAAUCAACAAGAUUCACAAAGAAAAUGAAAUACAUGCAAGAAGAUUCAUCAAAGUACCUAUACAACCAUUUUCUUUAUUGACUGAAACCUUAGAACAUGAUCAAAAAAAUAAUCAAUUAGACAGAAGAGAAGUAAGUAUAUCUACUCCUGAUGAAAAAACAGAAAAUAUAGUAAUGGCAGAUCCAUUAUUAAAUGUGAUAAAAAAUCCUGUUGUGAUUGAAUUGCCAAAGGCAGAAAUUAAUACAAUUAUAUUAAAUUCUGUUUGUGAACCUUUAUCAUCAUACAACAAUAGUAAUUCUUUAGAAAUUAUCAAUUCAGAAUGUGAUCAAUUACUUACCUCAACAGAGAAUAAUACAAAAAACCCUCAUUUAACAGAAACAUUUAGAUGUUCUGGUGAUGAUUGUGGAUUAUCAUGGACACAACUUCUUGGAUUUUCUUUAUUAUUAGGUUUUGCAGGACCUAUUAUAUAUAUACUUUAUAUAAUUGAAUUUUCUUCUAAAAAUCAUUUAGUUAAUAAUCAUUAGCUAUUUUUUUAAAUAAAAAUAUAUAUUGCUGAUAUAAUAAGUACAAGAGUUAUAAUAGCAGUCAUAAAAACUUGCAAUAUUAAUCAGUUAAAGAUGGCUAUAUUUUAUAUGAGUGAGACUAUAUAAAAAUUUGAAAAUUUGAUUUGAAUAUUAUUGCUAAU